AUGUCAAUUUUCUCUUUCUCACCGUUUUUUUUUAAUUUCUUUUUAACACAUUAUGAAUGUUUCUUUCUUUGUUUUUCUUUCUUUCUGCAUCUUUUCUUUCUUUCUUUCGUUAUUUCAUCCCCUUCUUUCUUUCUUCGUUUCUUUCAGUCUUUCUUUCUUUUACCACCUUCUUUCUUUCUUUUUGCAUCCCCUUCUUUCUUUCUUUCUUUCUUUCUUUCUUCUUUUCUUUCUUCCUUUCUUUUUUACCACCUUCUUUCUUUCUUUCUUUCUUUCUUUCUUUUUGCAUCCCCUUCUUUCUUUCUUCCUUCCUUCCUUUUUUCAUUCUUUCUUUCUUUUACCAGCUUCGUUCUUUCUUUCUUUCUUUUUGCAUCCCCUUCUUUCUUUCUUCCUUUCUUUCAUUCUUUCUUUCUUUUACCACCUUCUUUCUUUCUUUUUGCAUCGCCUUCUUUCAUUCAUAUAUUCAUUCAGUCUUUCUUCUUUGAAUUCUUUUCUUUUUUCCUUUCAUUCUGUUCUUCAUUUCUUUCUUUCUUUCUUUCUUGUCACCCUUUAUUUCUUGAUAGACCUUUCUUGAUAACACUUCCUUUCUUUCUGAUCUUUGAUGUCGAUUAUCUUUUUACUCUUUUCAGAUGCUGCUUCUGUUUCUCAUUUCUGGUGACAGUUUGUCUUAACAUUUUAUUUUUAAUUAUUUCUCCAACACUUCUCACUAUUUCGUCUUUUAUUUUCAUUUCCUUUCACUUCCUCACACACAUCACAUAA